AGUGCAGUUCACUCUGAGGCCGCUGCUGUGCCGAUGAGUAAUAGAGUGUCAAAGGAAGGCCAAGGAAGAGCUUCCUAAUAUAGAUGGACUGAUGGGGGACGGAGACCCACCCGUGGGGCGAUAACAAGUCUUUUCUUCUGGCUUCCUCCCUGGAAGCAAAGGGAGUUUGAAAGGCAGGAGGCAAGGACUGCUCUGAACAGAAUUUCAGAUUUUUCUUGGAAGGGUUUGCCAGGGCUUGCGAGGUGAUUGGGAUGUUGGAGAGAUGAAGUCCCUUUCAGCCGGCACCUUGGUCCUUACUCCCUGUUCAGCAAAGACCUCUAGGCUUGGGAGGACCCUGUGAGCUUCUGGCUUUAGAAUGGGCAAUGCUGCUGAGAAACAGAAGCCCCGGAAGCGAAGCCGUCUGUGCCCCUGGAAGCAAGAUUCUCAGCGUUCUCACCUCUCUUCCUUCACCAUGAAGCUGAAGGACAAAUUCCACUCACCCAAAAUCAAGAGAACGCCAUCAAAGAAGGGAAAACCAGCUGAAGUUUCUGUGAAAAAUCCGGAGAAGCCUGUGAGCAAAGAGGCAACAGACAGAUUUCUACCAGAGGGCUACCCUCUCCCCUUGGAUCUGGAGCAGCAGGCAGUAGAAUUUAUGUCCACCAGUGCUGUGGCUUCCAGGUCUCAGAGGCAGAAGAACCUGAGCUGGCUGGAAGAGAAGGAGAAGGAAGUUGUUAGUGCCUUGCGCUACUUUAAGACUAUCGUGGACAAGAUGGCUAUUGAUAAGAAGGUACUGGAGAUGCUGCCAGGGUCAGCCAGCAAGGUGCUGGAGGCCAUCUUACCCCUGGUGCAGAGCGAUCCUCGAAUUCAACACAGCUCAGCCCUCUCCUCCUGCUAUAGCCGAGUGUACCAAAGUCUUGCCAACCUCAUCCGUUGGUCUGACCAAGUGAUGCUGGAAGGUGUGAACUCAGAAGAUAAAGAGACGGUGACAACGGUGAAGGGGGUCAUCAAGGCGGUACUGGAUGGAGUGAAGGAGCUGGUCAGACUUACCAUCGAGAAACAGGGGCAUCCAUCUCCAACCAGCCCAGUGAAACCCAGUUCCCCAGCCUGCAAACCGGACGGCCAGUCUGAGCUCCCCCUGACAGAUUGCGAGGUGGAGAUUCUCAACAAGACAACUGGCAUGUCCCAGUCGGCCGAGCUACUCCCAGACUCAACAGAUGAGGAGGUUGCGCCCCCUAAGCCCCCCUUACCUGGCAUUCGGGUGGUUGAUAACAGUCCUCCACCAGCAUUGCCACCGAAGAAAAGACAGUCAGCUCCAUCCCCGACCCGAGUGGCUGUUGUUGCCCCCAUGAGUCGAGCCACCAGUGGCUCCAGUUUGCCUGUUGGAAUUAAUAGGCAGGAUUUUGAUGUGGACUGUUACACACAGAGGCGACUCUCAGGAGGCAGCCACUCAUACGGCGGAGAGUCGCCCCGUCUGUCCCCCUGCAGCAGCAUAGGCAAGCUCAGCAAGUCAGAUGAGCAGCUGUCCUCUCUGGACAGGGACAGCGGCCAGUGCUCCCGGAACACAAGCUGUGAAACACUAGAUCAUUAUGAUCCUGACUACGAAUUCCUUCAGCAAGACCUCUCUAAUGCAGACCAGAUACCUCAGCAAGUGGCCUGUAACCUUAGCCCAUUGCCAGAGUCUUUGGGAGAGUCUGGGUCUCCAUUUCUUGGCCAUCCUUUCCAGUUGCCUCCAGCGCCUGGCAGCUGUCCCCAGCCAGAGGGGCCCUUGGCCCCAGGACAGCAGAUAGACAUGCCACCUGCUCUCCCUGAGAAGAAGCGCAGGAGUGCGGCCUCCCAGACCACGGACAGCUCUGGCUGCAGGAUGUCCUACGAGCGGCACCCCUCACAAUAUGACAAUAUCUCGGAAGAUGACCUGCAGAACCCAGCCUCGGUCCCGUCCAUCCCCUUCACGCCCUUUGCUGCUAUUCUCCCCUUUCAGCAAGGAGGGUCCUCAGCCUCUGUCGAAUUUGUGGGUGAUUUCACUGUUCCUGAAUCAACAACGGGUGACCCAGAAAAACCACCUCCUCUACCAGAGAAGAAAAACAAACACAUGCUGGCCUACAUGCAGCUGCUGGAGGACUACUCGGAGCCACAGCCGUCCAUGUUCUACCAGACGCCACAGAACGAGCACAUCUACCAGCAGAAGAACAAGCUCCUCAUGGAGGUGUACGGCUUCAACGACUCAUUCAGCACCGAAGCCCCGCAGGAGCUGGCACCGCCCCCCGCCCUGCCUCCCAAGCAGCGGCAGCUGCAGGCCUCCUAUGCUGCUUCUUCCUUCUCCUCUGUCUCCUACUGUGUCCAGCAAACUAAAGUGGCCUUCACCCCCGAGGACGGCAGUGCCACUCAGGGCAUCAGUGUGUCCGUCUCUAACUCCUUUCUCAGCCGGCAUGGCAACUUGCCUGUGCCCUCGUAUAAAUCUGUGUUUAGGUCCUACUCCCAGGAUUUCGUGCCUCACAACCACGCUUCCGUUCAGCCUUUCCUUCCGCCUACCUCCUCUGCCUCUCCACACUUCCCAACUGUCCACCAGUCUCAGAGCUCUGACUUAACGGUGCCAACCGUAGCCAGUCUGCCUCCCAGCACCGUGGACGGGCCUCUCUCGUCUUCUCAGGAGAGCAGCUUUCACGGGAACACUGUCUGCCUUCCUUCCGAAACCUCUUUCACUGACUCGCCCCAGACGCCUUCGAGUGAAAGCACCAGCGAGGAGGCUGGUGAGGGUGAAUACGUCAAUCUAUAUUCCUCUGGCCAGAGCAGCAGGGAGCUGGCUCACUGUGGAGGAGAGUCACCAGCUAUGAAAGAUGGACAUCCCAGAGACCCCUCAUCGGUCAGCAGCACACCUGGGAAGGAGAGCAGAGACAGCGACAGGGCCUCAAGGUCACCAGAUGGUUCAGAGUUGGCUCGGUUGGAGGAGGAAGUGGAUGAGCUGUCCCUCAUUGACCACAAUGAAAUUAUGGCAAGGCUGACACUCAAGCAGGAGGGUGAUGAUGGGCCAGACGUCCGUGGAGGGUCUGGAGAUAUCCUACUGGUGCACGCUACUGAGACAGACAGGAAAGAUUUGGUGUUGUACUGUGAGGCCUUCUUGACCACCUACAGGACAUUCAUCACCCCAGAGGAGCUCAUCAAGAAGCUGCAGUACAGGUACGAGAAGUUCUCUCCCUUCGCUGACACCUUCAAGAAGCGCGUCAGCAAGAACACGUUCUUCGUGCUGGUGCGAGUGGUGGAUGAGCUCUGCCUAGUGGAGUUGACAGAAGAGAUCUUGAAGCUGCUCAUGGAACUGGUCUUUCGCUUGGUGUGCAACGGGGAGCUCAGCCUGGCCCGCGUGCUCCGGAAGAACAUCCUGGACAAGGUGGACCAGAAGAAGCUGCUCAGGUGUGCCAACUCCGACCAGCCCCUGGCAGCCAGGGGGGUAGCUGCCAGGCCAGGGACUUUGCAUGACUUUCACAGCCAUGAAAUAGCCGAGCAGCUGACACUGCUGGAUGCUGAGCUCUUUUAUAAAAUAGAGAUUCCUGAGGUUUUGCUUUGGGCAAAAGAACAGAAUGAGGAGAAAAGCCCCAACUUGACCCAGUUCACGGAGCACUUCAACAACAUGUCGUACUGGGUCCGGUCAAUAAUCAUGUUACAAGAAAAAGCCCAGGACAGGGAGCGACUGCUACUGAAGUUCAUCAAGAUCAUGAAGCACUUACGGAAGCUGAACAACUUUAACUCCUACCUGGCCAUCCUCUCGGCACUGGACUCAGCUCCCAUCCGCAGGCUAGAGUGGCAGAAGCAGACCUCGGAGGGCCUGGCCGAGUACUGUACACUGAUCGACAGCUCGUCCUCCUUCCGCGCCUACCGGGCCGCCCUGUCCGAGGUGGAGCCGCCCUGCAUCCCAUACCUGGGGCUUAUCCUGCAGGACCUCACCUUUGUUCACCUGGGAAACCCAGACUAUAUUGACGGGAAGGUGAAUUUUUCCAAACGGUGGCAACAGUUCAACAUUCUGGACAGCAUGCGGUGCUUCCAACAAGCGCACUAUGAUAUCCGAAGAAACGAUGACAUCAUAAACUUCUUCAAUGACUUCAGUGACCACCUGGCGGAGGAGGCUCUGUGGGAACUCUCUCUGAAAAUCAAACCUAGGAACAUAACAAGGAGAAAAACAGACCGAGAGGAGAAGACCUAGAAGCAGGUGCCACGAGCGAGGAGAACGCUCAAGAGAGGCUCUGAGACCGGGAGGGACUUUGGACCUGUCCCCGGGUGGGCUGCACGGGUGCCGGCCCCAGGGCCCAGCCCACCCUCCACUGUGCUGGGCAGGAGCCCCAGCAGCUUCCUGCUUCCCUCCUCCGUGGGAGCGGACGCCAGGCCCGCAGCGGAGCCAGCAGGCAGGUCUUGUUCCUGAUUUGUGAACCCGUGGUUUGGUUUUGGUUUUGGUUUCUGCUUUCACUUCUGUAUUCCCCUCUCCCUUCUGCCUGGGAGCAGCACAGGGCAGUCAGCAGACCAUGGAACGGUGGGACUCUUCACCCCUUCUUAAGUUCCAGGGUCCUGGGUCUGUUGAAAUGACAAGUGAGUGGAAGACCCUCAAAAGGUCAGCGGGGGCUGUACUCCUGGUGACUUCGAACGAAAGGGACUUUCAGUGGAGUGGGCAGAAAGCAGAGAAGACCCAGGGAGGCUCCAUUAGCUUUCCCUGCCCUGCCCUGCUUUUUAAAAUGCAAGAUGGUGUGAGCUUUGGUUGGGGCCAGAAAGGUUCAGCCGGUAGCCUUUCAGUAGCCCUGGAGCCGGUGCUCCAAACUGCCCUCUCCCUGUCCCUUCGUCUCCCUGACCACCUGUCGCUCUGGGGAGCUGGGAAGAAGAUGGAGCAAGGGAGGACUUCGGUUUAUGAGCUGGGGCCAAGAGCUCCUGGGUGAGUUAUGUUGGAGAGUGGAGGGGCACUUCUGUCCUGGGGAAGGCCAGCGGCCCCUCCUCCAUCACUUCCUGUGUGCCUUAAACUCCAGCUUCUGUCCCCCUGCCCCAUGGGCUCCCCUCCUACCUUGCUCCAUCCCGCUGGAGCCAGGAACUGCUCCUCAGGCCUCUCCACCAGUGCUGUGGGCUCUGCCCAGGGGAGGAUGGGAUGUCCCCAAGGGGGCUAGGGUCGACGUGGCUAUGGAGGGGGCCACGGCUCCUACCCCAGGGCAGGCUUGCUCUCUCCAUCCUCUUCACUGGAAACCAUGCUCGCUGGUAAGGUGGACAGUCAGAGGCAGGUUUGCCUGGAAGUCCCCUCCAGGCUGCUGCCCACCCCCUGCCCCAUGGGUCCUGGUUUGUGUGACAGUGCUCACUUCUGGACAAAUGCCAGGAUCCAGCUUCUUAACCAUGUCACUCUGAGACCUUCAUAGGUUUUGAGCGGCUUUCUUCACUCUUGUUUUGGGGUCUUGUACAUAGAGGGGAGAAGAUCCGUGAAAGGCCAGCGAUGCCCCCUCCAGCAGCAAUCUGGCUGUAGCAGGCCGAAUGUGUCACUUUCUUAUUUAAAGCGUGUGGUCGAGGUUCUUCAGCAGUGCUGGGGUCGGCUUGGUGCCCACUUUGAGUCCCCUCACUGCCGUCUUGUCCUGUCUUGCCUCGCGCCUGACCCAGUUCUGCUGGAUGCUGCUUUGUGUGUGGGGGCUGCUGGGGCGCCAAUACUAAAGUGGAGUUUCUGCCUCACACACCUGUAAGCAGGUGGAUGUAGGAGUAGAGGGGCCUUUACCUGCCCUCCCCUCUCCUCUGGGAGCCCUGCCAGGUGGAAGGAGGCAGUGCCGGGGGGUGGGGGGGUAAGGGAACAAGGGGCUGGUGUGUCAGGGUGGCCUCUGGGUGAGAACCACAGGGGCCGUAUGUGUUUAACUUAUUGGCUGACAGGCUUCCCAUCCUCCGCCUCCUUAGGACACCGUCCAGGUUCUGGGAUUGCCCAACCCUGUGCCAGCACUGCAGUGUGGCUGUGAUCCAUCUGUCUUGGGGAUCAGGACAGGGUAUUACCUGCAGAUGGGGCUGGAGCCAGGGAAAGGGCAGGCACAUGCCAGGUCAGAACGAACCCAACUUUUCAGAAGCACCUCCCUUUCCCCCACACCUCCCCCGUGUUACAUUGUAAUAUAUAUAUAUUCCCACUAACCUGGCUGAUAGUGGCAUCUUCCUGCAGACAUUUCAAACCUGUAACUUUUAUAUGAAAGGAAAAUAAACACCAAUGAAAGCUGCGUCCAAGUGACAAUCGGAGCUGCCCCCCCUAACAGGCGGGGCUCUGGCACACUUAGGGUGCAGGUCGUGUAUCCCAGUUCCCACACCCGAGUGCUACUGUUGGGGGAGUUUGGGAAGGGUGGACAGAGGCCACCAGCCUGUCUAGAAUUUUCCUUCCUCAGUCUUGUGCUCCGUAAGUCAAUUACUGCGCUAAUCCUCUACUGCCCCCUAGCAUCCAUUUCUAGGGUGGCAUUUGGGGUCACAGAGGUACUUAGAGCUACUUUUCAAAGCCCCUAAAGCAUGUCUGAAGAUACACCUCUAAGAUUCCAUCCCCAUACCACCCCAAGGCAGCAUGCACAGGCUUGGAAACAGCCCAAUGGGUUCUAAUCUUUUCUCUGUCUGAUAUGGGCUAUGGCUCCUCCACUCAUGAUGAGCCGAUGGACUUAAUCCCAGCCUGUGUGUCAUCCCCUUUUGCCAUCCUGCCCAUCUCCCAGUGUCUGAGAGGUAGGGCCAUCAGCUGCUGAGUCCUCUACUAGCUGCCUCUACCAAGAACCAGCCUGGUGUGGCCCUCAGCUCCCUGCAGGUGACUGGAGGUCACAGGCCAGGUACAGACAUCUGAACUGAGCUUGCCAACCAGAACCACAGGGCAUGGCUGCUACCACCCACCCUGGCUAAAUGCCUGGGUUCCACUGCCACCUUCAGAGGGGACUAGGAAUCUGCAUACUUAACCCAGCAAAACUCAGGAUGCUCAGGUGACCUGUGAAUGACCCUUCUCUCGCCCCCACCCCCCCCCCCACCCCAUUCAGAUCUCAGCCAUUGGGUGGUACAGGGUCAGUCUUCUCCGGGUGUGAUGACCCCCCACCCCAUUCCCUCCAGCAGAGUGAGAGGCAAACCCUACACAUUCAUUUAAACCAUCACCCAUUCAUCAAUUUGUUUUGUUCACUAGGGGUACAUGAUUUAGGAACCUGGUCAGGGAGGGUUUGGGUCAUUCUGGUCCUGCAUUUGCCAGGACAUACUGGAGGGCCUUCACCCUAGGCUACUAAGGGCUCUGGUCCUGGUUCUGCAGCUGAUAUGCGAAGUGACCUUAGGUAAGCAGCCCCCUCUCUGCGUCCUGGUGUUCCAGGGGCUAGGAGAGAGAUAACAACAGCUUCUACCUCAUAGGUCUGAGGCGGCUCAGUGAGUUAAUCCCUGGUACAGGGUCAGGCAGGCCUCUGCCAGUGUCAUCAUUUACACGCGCGCCACACACACAGAGAUCCUGGGUCCUUAGCAUUCUGUAGGCCAGUUUACGUCAUUCAGCCCUCUUAACUGAAAAUCCCCACCAGUGAACUAUUCCAGCCAUGCUAAAUGCUACCGAGAGGAGGUACUUGACAUUAAAGAAAUUAAGUCUGAUUUGAAAUCCACUCCUAGACAUUUCAAGUCCAGACAGGCUUACCAGCAAUUCAUGCCAAACAAGUAGCUUUAGUCUUACAUGCUUGCCCCUGAGAACAGAAGAGGAAACACCUCUUGACUCGUCUGGAGUGAAAUACAGUCUUGACAUCAAACCCAGAUAAGAGUAAGGAAAAUUGUAGGCAAAUAUUUGUGUAAAACUUCUAAAAUAAUCUUAGCAACCUCAAACCAGCAGUGUAUAAAAAUCAGUACUCCCUAAACAAGCUGGGUUUACCCUCAAAUGCAAGGAUGGACUAUCAGUAUGCUGGUGAAUGUACUAGACACCUUAUUCGGGUGCCGCCAUCUGGUGCACCUCUCCUUCCUGGGCACCGGAGAGACUCUGCUUCCCAGCCCCCCUGCAGGCAGGUCCAUGAGGUCUGAGGGGCCACAUACAUGUCACUGGGGCUGGGAACUCAGCAUGUGUGCCACCCUUCUGCUCACUCUUUCCCCACCGUGACACACUUAGAUUCCAGAUGUUGAAGUGGCAGAGUUCCAAGUGGAGAGAAACCAGACUGAGACCACCCCAACUGCCCCAUACUAGACUUUACAUGAAUAAAAAAUGAACUUGUGCUAACUAA